GGGAGCUUGGGCUUUGGGUGGGAGAACUUUUUUUCGUCUCCGUGUUUGACGGCGACCGAUUUUGGGAGGAAGGCACUGGACAAGACGCGACCCGGGACCCGGCGGAUCACCACCACCACCCGUCCGCCAUUGCAAUCGAUCUUCAUCCCGCCGUCUACGAUCCACGACCGGGUUUCUGUAACAACCCUCCGAAUUGCCCGCUCCAUUCCCCCAACCCCGGUCCCCUCCACAAAACAUAUCCGCCCAUGAAGAGGUUACGGCUCGACCGAUGGACGGGCCAAAUGCUCCUGGCUCGCCCGGGCGCCCCCUCGGCCCCGACUCGGCGGGCCGCUCUCCGGCCGGCAGCAGCGUCUAGGUGCGCCGCCGUGCGGAAUCAGUCAACAACCGCUGCCGUGCCCCAGAUACCCCCGGUAGAAGACGACGCCGACGACUACGAUGGGACAGACCACGUGCGCUUUCCCCCUCUCGAGAAACUCCCGCCGCGAGCGACCAGCCUACCAUCACCGCCGCCCCAAAGGGCCCUGGAGUCGGCCAAGCUGGCCGCCCUGCAUGCCCGUCUCUCCCUCCCCGAAAAGCUGCCGCUCCAGACGCUCGCCCGGGCGCUGGUCGACUCCUCCGCCGACGAAAACCCGCAGUUCAACAACACAAACCUCGCUUUUGUCGGCCAGGCCCUCAUCAACUACCAGGUCAGCGAGUGGCUCAUGUGCCGGUACCCGCGCCUGCCCAUGAACGUCCUGUUCGCCGCCAUGAAAGGCUACGCCGGCCAGCAGUCGCUCCACCAAGUGGCGCGCUCGUGGGGCAUCGAGCACGCCGCCGCGCCGGGCGGCGAGGUCGACCCGGGCCUCCUGCAGUUCUCGCUGCACAAGCCGGGCGACGCCAUCGUCGGGUUCGGGUACACGCGCGCCGAGCACGAGAACGUGCUGAAGCGCAACUGGCGGCACGGAAUCGCCAGCCGCGUGGUGUUCGACGACGACUUCGGCGAGCUGGUCCACACGGACGAGGAGCUGGCCCAGAUGAGCCGCCGCGCCGACACCGAGUACGGCAACAAGCUGACACGCGCCCUGGCGGAGCGCGCCUACGCCAACUGCGCGCGCGCCGUCGUGGGCGCCCUCUACGCGCACGCCGGCCGCGAGCCGGCCCGCGCCUUCGUCCGCGCGCACGUGCUCUCGCGCACGCUCGACGUGGCGCGCCUGUUCGGCUUCAAAAACCCGACGCGCGAGCUGCGCAUGCUGUGCGCGCGCGAGGACUUCGAGCCGCCGGUGGCGCGCCUGCUGUCCGAGACGGGCCGCGCCUCGCGCACCCCCGUCUUCGUCGUCGGCAUCUUCUCGGGCCGCGACAAGCUCGGCGAGGCCGCCGGCCCGAGCCUCGAGCACGCCCGCACCAAGGCCGCCAUGAACGCCCUCAAGGCCUGGUACCUCUACAGCCCCGGCGAGCACGUCCGCGUGCCCAGCGACAUGCUCGCCGAGGACGCCCGCCCCUGGGAGCCCGCCUACAUCGACAUCGGCGAGAUCAUCGGGCGGUAGAAUACCUUGUACUGAUUUGAAAGACCAGGCUUUGAGAGAGAAGUAGAAGAGAGAGUGUGAAGUGUGCGGGGAAAGGGAAUGGGGCUACGGCCUCCUUGGGCGAGGCACUGAGAGAGGAAAGGACAUUUCCGCUCUCCGUUUUUUUCCCCCCUUGCAGAACGGGGUCGAGGGAUAUGUAUUGUACCAGUACAAAGCCGCAUCACAACCUCCCCGUUCAGAUCGGCAAGCGAGGCACGGCUUCCGGUCGGUGGUGAGUGGCACGAGUUGGACAGGAGACAAAGGAGAUGGGAAGAGGUGGCAACUCGGCCGUGUCAAUGUAGUAGUGUAUGUAUAAGUAUCUUGCCGGGUUCAGGCUUCAAUGUAGACAACCAUAUUCACGUCUUGGGUUGAGCGGAGUGG